AAAGAAAUUCUGCUUGGAGAUGGCUUCAUCUUCUGAAAACACCAAAUAUUGAUACUCAUGUUAUAUCGUAAAAACUGCCCAUCCAACCAUUUUACAGGAGCUAGGGCCAAGGUGUAACAAUGGCAUCACGUGAUCUCGAGAUGCCGGUCGUGUCAGACUUUAAUAAUGACAAACGCGGAUCGAAAUCGAAAAACGCGUCGAAUCUUAAGUGUAAACUUCCAUCCUUAUAUUUUUGACUUUUUCCUUCCUCUCUACAACUUCCACAACUUCUACAACAAUUCAAUCAGCUAAGAUAUUCGAAUCGUUCGGAUUAAACGUUGAAGUUGUUCUCCGCGUACUUUCAUUUACCUAGUUCAAGUCAAUCAUUAAAAAAUCGGCUUGUUUCACUCACUUGAUUCAACUGAUCCACUAUGCCGCCAAAGCGCCCUCCUAGGGCGCAACCCGCGGGCGAAUCUCAAUCCAAGGUCCCACGUUCCAACGGAUCAACCUUUGCUCAUUCGCCGAGUCAGAUCUCAAAUCCCUACACUUCACAGUAUGUCUUGCCUACUGUCGACCAAUCCGCCCCUCCCUCUUCUCUAGGCCAUGCCAUUCGACACCCACCCAGAUCUUCGUGGGUUGUAGAUGAUGAUGACGGUGAUGCUCCCGAACCCAGCCAGGGUGUUGAUACCUCUUCGUUUGAGCUCUACGGCACUCUGGAGAACAAGAUUGUAGGCGUCAGAUGGUACCAAGGUGUGGUGAACCCUGGCGAGCGGGUUCUCUGUCGUCGCGAACCUGCCAACCCUUACGAUCGUAAUGCCAUUCGCGUUGAUAAUGUCAUGCGAACCCAAAUCGGUCACAUCCCCGCCAAGGUUGCAUUGAAGAUUGCGCCCUACAUCGACAACAAUGAGAUCGUUCUAGAAGGCGUUCUCACGGGCGAGAAGGGCAUGUUUGACUGUCCCGUUCGGCUGUACUUUUACGGCACCAACGAUCCCAUGGCCCGUCUGCAAUUGGAGGAAAGGUUGAAAGCUGAUAAGCUCGUUAAGGCCACCCAACUCAAGCAGACUCGGCGGGAUGCGGAAGCUCAAAGGAAUACUGCUAUGCGUCUAAGAGUCAACGCUACUACCGUAGGCUUACCGGGUGACGAGGUUGGACAGGAAGGAGACGCUCUUCGUGCUCUGUUGGCAGAGAGCGAGGCCGUCAAGCUGAGGGGUGACCUUGGUGCUGUUGACGUAUUCGCGAUGAACGAAGAUGCUUUGUCCAAACUACCCAAGGCGCACCAGCCCCAGGCUAUUCGGUCUAAACUCUUGCCAUAUCAGCUCCAGGGCUUAGCUUGGAUGACUUCAAAGGAGAAUCCGAAGCCACCCGCCCCUGGAUCAAAGGAUAUUGUCCAGUUGUGGCAGCGUACUGACCGUGGAAAUUUCGUCAAUCUCGUCUCCAACCACAUCACAAAGGAUCCGCCGCAGUUAGCCCUGGGCGGUGUUCUUGCCGACGACAUGGGUCUAGGCAAGACUCUACAGGUUAUCAGUUUAAUUAUGUCAACUGUUAGCGAGGGCCCGACUUUGAUCGUUGCCCCAGUUGGUGUCAUGAGCAACUGGGAACAGCAGAUCCAGCAGCACGUAAAAGAGGAGCACAAGCCCAAUGUCUUCAGGUACCACAAGCCUGGUAACUACUCAACUAGCGACUUACAGAAACACGACGUCGUUAUCACCACCUACGACAAGGUACGAAACGACCAGGCCAAAAACGGACCAUUGUUUUCGGUCAACUGGCGACGGAUUGUCCUGGACGAAGCUCAUGCUAUUCGCAAUUAUUCGACUGCCAGAGCUAAAGCUGUGUUCCAGCUGAAGGCUAAGACUCGUUGGAUGUUGAGCGGUACACCGAUCGUCAACUCACCCAAGGACCUCCUAUCGGCGUUGAAGUUCCUUCAAAUCACUGGAGGUAUUGAAGAAGCUGGUUUCUUCCUCCGGAUGAUCGACAGGCCUUUGACAAAUGGCUCGAGAGACUCAGACGACAAGAGCUACAAACUUGCCUCGAAGUUGUUCCAGCUGUUGACGGCGGAUCUGUGCCUUCGUCGCAGAAAGGACAUGAAGUUCGUCGACUUGAAGUUGCCCCCGAAGACCGAAUACAUCCAUCGCGUCCAGUUUCGCGAUGAUGAGAAGGAUAAGUACAAGGCUCUCUUAUCCGAGACAACGCAUAUUCUAGAAUUGUAUCGGCAGAGAGGCCAGGUUGAAGGACCUCAGAUACGAUUCACGAGCGUCCUGGAGAAACUUCUUCGUCUUCGACAGAUGUGUUGUCAUUGGACUUUGUGUGGAGGUCAGGUGAAGGACGUUUUGAGACCUCUGGAAAAAGACAAAGUCGUUGCCUUCACUCCAGAGAACCUCAAUAUUCUCCAACAGGCUCUUCUGACCGCCAGCAACGAAGGAGAAGAGUGCCCAAUUUGUACGGAUGCGCUUAGUUUGCACGAUCCGAUCAUCACGGCCUGUAAGCACCGUUUCGGCAGAACUUGCAUCCUGAAGGCGUUCGAACGGGACACCCGAUGCCCCAUGUGCCGUCAGCAGCUAAAGCAGGACUCCAUCGUUGGCCUUGAACCGGUGGAAUUCGAAGAGAAAUUCGACGGAGACUCGCGAAGCUCGAAGACGGAAGCUCUGGAGAAGAUUCUAAGAGCGAAGCUCAAGGAUCCAAAGUCCAAGGUCGUCAUCUUCUCCCAGUGGACAUCGUUCCUCACCAUCAUUGCGAAGUUGCUGGAUGAGAGCGGUUACAAGUACUGCCGCCUCGAGGGCUCGAUGACCGUUGCCAAGCGUGAUGAGUCGGUUGAUGCCCUGACUAAUGACCCCGACACGCGAAUCAUGCUUGCCAGUUUGGCUGCGAGCGGUGUUGGUCUGAAUUUGGUGGCCGCUGAUACGGUUAUACUUGUGGAUUCUUGGUGGGCACCGGCCGUGGAGGACCAAGCAAUCGACCGCGUUCAUCGACUUGGCCAGACACGCGAGACGACGGUCUGGAAGCUGGUGAUGGACGGUAGCGUCGAAGAGCGCGUCCUCGGCAUCCAAGGUAAGAAGCGGGAGCUCGUCAACCUGGCUCUGAACGACAGGGUGCGAGAGCAGACGGAGACUAGUCGUCUCGACGACGUUUUGCAAUUGCUUUCCUAAUUUUGAAGGUUGAGCUCCCCCGAUUUGGAGGGUUGGACUGGGUUGGACCGGUUGCUCUUUGUAAGAUUUGCUGGCGAAUCCAAGAUGAAGACGGCGUCGAUAAGAAAAGGGAAAUGGAAAAUGGGAAGUAAUAUGGAAAGGAUGAGAUGGAGUACAUGAUUGCUGCAAAGCAGGUUUGCUGUUAUGGCUACUGGCUACUAAAAUCGGUGUCUG